AUGCCAUCAUCAACCAGCGAUCCCUCUCUGCACGAGGUGAUCAAGUCCAUCCCCAUCCUGGACAUUUCGUUCUCGGCGGUGCACCCGAAGGACAGCAAGUUGGUCAUGUGGAUCACAAACGACGCUCGCUUGGAUCUCAUGUACUGCCACGCCUUUCACGUCAAGAAGGCAAAGGGGGAGGAAGUGCUGCAGACGAUGGCGCUUGCGUUUACGAACGCGAAGCGGCGGCUGGAGGCGUCACAGGGCGACGAGGAGGCGCUCAGGGAGAUGGGCAUCACGUCAGGCAGGAAGACGCAGAGCAACGCGCUGGGGGUGUUUGAGGCGAAGUUCAUUGGUUCGGUGCCGGCAGCGGACGUGACGGGAUCCGAGGUCGCAGAGCAAGCCGUUGUCGACGCAAAGCAACUGAACCGCCACCCUGAGGGUGUGAUCAUGAUCAUCUCGUCUGAAGGCAUCCGCACCAUCGAAGGCCUCACAGGCGAGGUGGUGACGUCUGUGCUGAUCACGGAUGUGUCAUUUGUGACGACAUCUGGCGCCAAACGCGAUGUGCUCGCGUUCAUCAGCAAGGACACGCGCCUCAAGCGCAUCACCUGCCAUGUCUUUGAAUGCCGCAGGGCGCAAGAGAUAUCGACGACAAUCGGCAAAGCGUUUGCAAAAGCGAAAGAGGAGCAGGACCAGCGGGCCGGAAAUCCGUUUGCCCCAACCAGCACCGAGCGCGAAGCCGUGCAGGGCCCGUUGUUCAAGUACCAGAUCCAUCGCAAGGACCUCGUGGCAGACAAGCCCAUUGGCGCCGGCCAGUUCGGACAGGUGUACCGUGCCAAGUACAAGCACCAGAAGGUUGCCGUCAAAACCGUGCGGCAGUCUGCCUCUGCCCAGGAUAAGGAUGAGUUUAUGGACGAGGCGGUUGUGAUGGUUGAGCUGAGCAACCCCAAUCUUGUGGGCAUCCUCGGCGUCUCUCUCCAGCAGAAGCCCUGGCUCUGCGUCAUCGAGUACAUGGAGUACGGAGACCUGCGUGACGUGCUGCAGACGUGUGAGGAGAAGAAAUUCCCUCUCCGCGAGAGUGAACAGAUCCACUUUGCAAAGCAGAUUGCAAGCGGCCUUGCUUUCAUGGCCAGUCUUCGAUACAUCCACAUGGACAUUGCUGCGCGUAACUGCCUUCUCACGUACAACAACGUCGUCAAAGUGGCCGAUUUCGGUCUCACCCGCAAACUUGACGAAGGCAAGGACACGUACACGCUGCGCAAAUCUGCCAAGCUCCCCGUGCGCUGGAUGGCAGUCGAAACCAUGACCAAGAAGCUGUUCUCGGAGGCGAGCGACGUGUGGGCAUUCGGCGUCCUGCUCUGGGAAAUCCUCAGCUAUGGCGAGCUGCCAUACAAGGAGAUCAAGAACAAGGAUGUCCAGAAGGCGAUUGUGAAGGAAGGAACGCGCCUGCAGAAGCCAGCCAGCGCCCCUGAUCCGCUCUUCCGUGUCGCCGAGACAUGCUGGCGAACGGACCGCUUGAAGCGCUAUGCAUUCGCAGAGCUGAAGCAGCAACUUGAGACGCUGCAUGGCGAAGCCGUUCGCAAGGACCCGGACGUGCGUGACAUUGGCGCGUGCAUCAGCUCCCUCUAGUAGUGAAGUGGACGCGUGCAUGUGCACGCGCGUGCGCAGCUGCAUUGGUUUGUGUUGCUUGAUGUGUUGCCUUUCGUCUGCUGGCAUUGUCCAUACGCUGCUUGGUUUGCUUUUGUUCUUGCACUCUUGUUGCUUUCUUGUGUUGUGUGCUCUUUCUGUGUUUGAGUGCGUGUGAGCGAGUGAGUGCGAGUGCGUGUGCGUGCGUGCGUGUGUGUGUGUGUGUGUGUGUGUGUGUGUGUGUGUGUGUGUGUGUGUGUGUGUGUGU